GGUAUUUUCUGUAAACAAAUUAGAGCCCCUGCUGACUUACAACUUUUAGUUUCUGUUUUAGUUGGCCGAUUAAAUCGGCCGAGUGUGAAACCGGUAUAGCGUUUUAUGGCACCGCGCAUACAAUGAUAUACCUGUUUUAGGGGGCUCAAACAAAUCAAUAAAAACCGGUAUGCUAACAGGAAAACCAUGUUAGUUACAACUUAUAAAACGAACCGUGGUAUUUCCCAUUCCCAUAGUCUACUUUUACCACUGUUACAUACACGCACCACGAAGAUUUUGAAUAAACAAUGAACGUUUAAAAUUAUUUAGUGAAAUUUAAACUUUGCUUAGAACGAAAGUGCUGUGAUACUAUCAGAAGACAAAUACUUUUACUAAAUUAUUUAGAGAAGAAAGGCAGAGAGUCCAAGCAAUUGUCUUUCUUAGCACACAUUGAAAUGGAUGAUGUCAAAAGAAAAGCUCUGUUUGUAUGUCUUGGGAACAGUUGCCGAUCGCCAAUAGCGGAGGGAGUAUUUCAAAAGACAGUGAACAAGAUGGCACAGGGGCAUCUGUGGGAGAUAGACAGUGCAGGCAUUGCAGACUGGAACGUUGGCUACCCACCCACCAACAGAGCACAGAACACUAUGAAGAGACAUGAUGUGCCGUACAAUAAUGUGGGCAGACAUAUAACGCUGGAAGAUUUCAACAAUUUUGAUUUCAUAUUCGGCAUGGAUGAGAGCAAUAUGAAGGACCUCAGAGAAAUGGCACCUGAGGGAUCUAAAGCCAAAAUAUUUUUGCUGGGAGAGUUCGACCCAGAGGGCGAGACAAUCAUUAGAGACCCUUAUUUUGAUAACCACGCAAGAGGUUUUGAGAAGUGCUACGAGCAAGUUGUGAGAAGCUCCAAGGGAUUCUUGGAGUGGUUGGCGCAAAGGGACGAUAUGUGAUACAAUAGAAUAUACAGGUUUUGAGAAGUGCUACGAGCAAGUUGUGAGAAGCUCCAAGGGAUUCUUGGAGUGGUUGGCGCAAAGGGACGAUAUGUGAUACAAUAGAAUAUACAUCAAUAUUUAUUUAUUUAUACAUAUUUACAAAUAUUUUUUUUUUAUUAUUUUUUAUAUAAUAAAGAUGUACUUAAAUGGUAA